ACUUUAACAAUUACGUAGGUAUUCAUAGAGGAAUAACAAAAAAACUAUUAUUACAGGAGGAAUAAUAAAAAGAUAGUAUAACAAAAAAAACAAUACACACAGGCCACAACCACACUCAGGAUAACAUGAUAAAAUAAAAUAAAGGCACUAAAAAGUAACUUUGGGUGUGACAAGAAGUUUUCUUCUGUUUGGUCUGACUAUUCCCUUUGGUCAACGAUGGUAUUGAGAGCCAUUUACAAGUUUCAGACACACAAACCCAGAUUGGAUAAUGAUGUCUUUUGCUUAUUUUCCCUCUCUUUCGUCUCCUCCUCCUCCUUCUCCUUCAAGCUUACUCAAAUCUUUCUAAGUUUUGUUCUCUUGUUCUCGCCAUGAUUGACGAGAAGAAGAUGAGAUCUACCAAAUCCAUUUGUCUCCUUCUGAGACCAGUACCCAUGUUCCUCUUCCUCCUUAUUUACGUUCUUUCCAUCUCUGUCUUCUUCCUUACAGUUUCAGAAGCUGUCUGUAAUCUCCAAGAUCGAGAUUCUCUCCUUUUCUUCUCCAGCAACGUAUCAUCUCCAGCUUCUCCUUUGCAUUGGAACUCAUCCACUGAUUGUUGCUCCUGGGAAGGAAUCUCUUGCGAUGAUGAUUCUCAAGAAAAUCGAGUCACUUCGAUUCUUUUGCCCUCUAGAGGACUCUCAGGCAAUCUCCCCUCCUCUGUUUUGGAUCUCCCUCGUCUCUCUCGUCUCGACCUUUCUCAUAACCGUCUCUCUGGUCCUCUCCCACAAGGCUUCUUCUCCGUUCUUGAUCAGCUGACGUUUCUUGAUCUUAGUUACAACAGUUUCAACGGUGAGUUGCCACUCGAAGCCAAUGGAACCAGCAGAAAUUUUCCAAUCCAGACCGUUGAUCUCUCCAGCAAUCUUCUUCAAGGCCAAAUCUUAAGCGGUUCUGUUUUCCUUCAAGGCGCUUUCAAUCUCACCAGCUUCAACGUCAGCAACAACAGCUUCACCGGUCCAAUCCCUUCCUUCAUGUGCACCACUUCACCGCAGCUCACCAAACUGGACUUCUCUUAUAACAAAUUCUCAGGCGAUAUCUCUGGAGGGUUAGGCAGAUGUUUGAAGCUAAGUUCUCUUCGAGCAGGCUUCAACAAUCUAUCUGGUGAAAUCCCAAAAGAAGUCUACAAUCUCUCUGAGCUCGAGGUGUUCUCUUUACCAGUCAACCAUCUUUCAGGGAGGAUCGAUGAUGGGAUCACUCGUCUCACUAAACUGACACUGCUUGAGCUUUACUUCAAUCAACUCCAAGGAGAUAUACCAAAGGAUAUAGGUAGACUAAUCAAUCUGCGCAGCCUCCGGCUCCAUAUCAAUAACCUCACAGGUUUUGUCCCGGUCUCUCUCUCCUACUGCACCAAACUCGAGAAGCUGAAUCUAAGGGUUAACCGGCUGGGAGGAACCUUAUCGGUAGACUUUUCUCGUUUUCAGAGCCUCAGCAUUCUGGACCUCGGAAACAAUAGCUUCACCGGUGACUUCCCCUCGACGGUUUACUCCUGCAGAAACAUGACAGCGAUGAGGUUUGCAGGCAACAAGUUAACGGGACAGAUAUCUCCACAAGUACUGGAACUGAAGUCUCUGACGUUCUUUACGUUCUCAGACAAUAACAUGACGAACAUUACAGGAGCUCUCAGUAUUCUGCAAGGCUGCAAGAAUCUGUCUACUCUCAUCAUUGCAAAGAACUUUUACGACGAAACAAUACCAAGCAACGAGGAUUUUCUAGCAUCAGGUGCAUUUCCAAAGCUCCAAAUCUUCGGUACCGGUGGAUCUAGAUUGAAAGGUGAAAUACCAGCUUGGCUGAUCAAGCUCAAGAGCGUAGAACUUAUGGACCUGUCACAAAAUCGAUUCAUGGGGUCGAUUCCUGGUUGGCUAGGAACUCUUCCAAACCUGUUUUACUUGGAUCUUUCUGAUAACCUUCUUACAGGAGAGCUUCCAAAGGAACUGUUUCAGCUGAGAGCACUUAUGUCCCAAAAGGUAUAUGAUGCAACAGAGAGGACCUAUCUAGAGCUACCUGUUUUUGUAAAGCCCAAUAAUAUCACCAGCAAUCAACAAUACAAUCAGCUUGCCAGCCUUCCACCUGCGAUAUAUAUCCGAAGGAAUAACCUGACCGGGAGCAUACCAGUUGAGAUCGGACAGCUAAAGGUUCUCAUGCACCUCGAGCUUUUAGGUAAUAAGUUUUCAGGUAGCAUCCCAGAUGAAUUGUCAAACCUCACAAGCUUAGAGAGGCUGGACCUGUCCAACAAUAAUCUAUCUGGUAGAAUCCCUUGGUCGCUCACGGGACUCCAUUUCAUGUCCUAUUUCAACGUUGCAAACAACACUCUCAGCGGGCAGAUACCUACAGGAUCUCAGUUCGACACUUUCCCAAAAUCGUAUUUUGAAGGAAACCCAUUGCUGUGUGGCCGUGUACUGCAACUCUCCUGCACGGUUGCACCCAAGCCUUAUACAAACGAAAAGGCGAGCACAACUGUUGUUUUGGGGCUUGUCAUUGGGAUCUUUUUCGGCGUCAGUUUGAUUUUGGUGAUGCUUGCUUUGUGGGUGAUGUCAAAGAGGAGAGUAAACCCAGGAGACUCUGAGAACGCAGAACUGGAGAUAAACUCCAACGCCUCGUACUCCGAAGUUCCUCCAGGUUCGGAGAAAGAUAUAAGCCUUGUGCUGCUGUUCGGAAACAGUAGAUACGAAGUUAAAGACCUGACUAUAUUCGAGCUCCUGAAAGCUACCAACAACUUCAGCCAAGCUAAUAUCAUCGGAUGCGGCGGGUUUGGUCUUGUCUACAAGGCUGUCUUGGACAAUGGGACGAAGCUGGCGGUCAAGAAACUCACCGGAGACUAUGGUUUGAUGGAGAAAGAGUUCAAGGCGGAGGUAGAAGUUCUGUCAAGAGCCAAACAUGAGAACCUGGUCGCUCUACAAGGCUACUGCGUCCAUGAUAGUGCCCGGAUACUUAUCUACUCGUUCAUGGAAAACGGAAGUCUUGACUAUUGGCUGCACGAGAAUCCAGACGGUCCAGCUCAGCUGGAUUGGGCUAAAAGGCUUCACAUCAUGAGAGGAGCAAGCUGCGGACUAGCGUACAUGCACCAGAUAUGCGAACCGCACAUAGUACACCGAGACAUCAAGUCCAGCAACAUCCUUUUGGACGGAAGCUUCAAGGCCUACCUCGCAGACUUCGGCUUGUCGAGACUGAUUCUUCCGUACCGCACACACGUUACAACGGAGCUUGUGGGCACACUGGGUUACAUCCCCCCGGAGUAUGGACAAGCAUGGGUAGCCACUCUGAGAGGUGACGUGUACAGUUUUGGCGUCGUGAUGCUCGAGCUUCUCACGGGGAAAAGACCAAUGGAGGUGUUCAGACCGAAGAUGUCGAGAGAAAUAGUCGCGUGGGUGAAUCAAAUGAGGAGGGAGGAGAAACCCGAGGAGGUGUUUGAUCCGCUGCUGAGAGAGAGUGGUCAUGAAAGAGAGAUGCUUCGUGUGCUUGACAUAGCCUGCAUGUGUGUGAACCAAAACCCAAUGAAAAGACCGGUUAUACAACAAGUUGUGGACUGGCUUAAUGAUGUAGACGCGGGAAACAGAAACCAAAGUAACAGAGAAGAAGCUGAAGAAGAAGAGACGAAGUAACAUCUUGUGUGUGCCUUUUUUAUACUUUCAUCACACAUUCUGCAUUAAGUAAAUAUACACUUCAUUUUUUCUUUGUGGGUCUUGUCAAGUGCAAAUGUUAACCAUCAUUUCCAUGUAAAUUAAAAGUUUUGAUGGUCAUAGAUGAUGUAAAGAGCUUGGGAAAGUAUGAACCUUUGUGGCUUUCCAGAAUGAGAUCUAUAUAUGCAAACAUGCUC